UGCAACAGCAGAAAGUAAUAAAAGCUCGGCUCGCAUGCAAUUUUCAUUAGUGGGAAAAUUGUUUGAUAUUUAAGAGACACCCGAGGAAUAAACCGAAUCAACGGCAGACACAUUCCAAAAUAAAUUAAUAAUAGAAAAAGAAAAGUAAAAACAAAAACAAAAACAAAAACGAAACAACACUCGAGGGGGCGAGCGGAGAGCCAAACGACGAAAAUGUGGCGGCAGUCAACGAUGCUGGCCGCGUUAUUAGUGGCCCUGUUAGCGGGCAGUGUAGAAUGCAAAGGUAACACCCCACCAAGAAUCACAAAACAACCGACACCCGGGGAAUUGCUCUUCAAAGUAGCGCAACAAAACAAGGAGAGUGACAAUCCAUUCAUUAUCGAAUGCGAAGCUGAUGGACAGCCCGAACCAGAAUAUAGUUGGAUCAAGAACGGCAAAAAGUUUGACUGGCAGGCCUACGACAACCGAAUGCUGCGGCAGCCUGGCCGUGGAACCUUGGUGAUCACCAUUCCCAAGGACGAGGAUCGCGGCCACUACCAGUGCUUCGCGUCCAACGAAUUCGGAACGGCCACCUCGAACUCGGUGUAUGUGCGCAAGGCGGAGCUGAAUGCCUUCAAGGACGAGCCGGCCAAGACCCUGGAGGCCGUGGAGGGUGAGCCCUUCAUGCUGAAGUGUGCCGCUCCGGACGGUUUCCCCAGUCCCACGGUCAACUGGAUGAUCCAAGAGUCCAUCGAUGGCAGCAUCAAGUCGAUCAACAACUCCCGCAUGACCCUGGAUCCCGAGGGCAAUCUCUGGUUCUCGAACGUGACCCGUGAGGAUACCAGUUUGGACUUCUAUUAUGCCUGCUCGGCCACCUCGGUGUUCCGCAGCGAGUACAAGAUCGGCAACAAGGUGCUCCUCGAUGUCAAGCCGAUGGGCGUGAGUGCCUCCCAGAACAAGCAUCCGCCCAUCCGGCAGUAUGUGUCCCGUCGCCAGUCCUUGGCGCUGCGUGGCAAGCGAAUGGAACUGUUUUGCAUCUACGGUGGAACCCCGCUGCCGCAGACCGUGUGGAGCAAGGAUGGCCAGCGGAUACAGUGGAGCGAUCGCAUCACGCAAGGUCACUACGGCAAAUCGCUGAUCAUACGGCAAACGAACUUCGACGAUGCCGGAACGUAUACCUGCGACGUGUCCAAUGGCGUUGGCAAUGCCCAGUCCUUCUCCAUCAUUCUGAAUGUCAACUCGGUGCCGUACUUCACCAAAGAGCCCGAAUUCAAUACCGCCGCCGAGGAUGAGGAGGUGGUCUUCGAGUGUCGGGCUGCCGGUGUGCCAGAGCCCAAAAUCAGUUGGAUACACAAUGGCAAGCCGAUCGAACAGAGUCCGCCCAAUCCUCGGCGAACGGUCACGGACAACACGAUCAGGAUCGUUAAUCUGGUCAAGGGGGAUACCGGCAACUACGGUUGCAACGCCACCAAUUCGCUGGGCUACGUGUACAAGGAUGUCUAUCUGAAUGUCCAGGCCGAGCCGCCAACGAUCAAUGUGCCCCCCUCGGCGGUGUCCAGUGUGGAUGGCCGCAACAUCACCAUCAAGUGCCGUGUGUCGGGCUCGCCCAAGCCGCUGGUCAAGUGGCUGAGAGCCAGCAAUUGGCUGACCGGAGGUCGCUACAAUGUCCUGGCCAAUGGUGAUCUAGAGAUUCAGGACGUAACCUUCUCGGAUGCCGGCCAGUAUACGUGCUAUGCGCAGAAUAAGUUCGGCGAGGCGCAGGCCGAUGGCUCGUUGGAGGUCAAGGAGCACACCAGAAUCACCCAGGAGCCGCAGAACUAUGAGGUGGCCGCCGGACAAUCGGCCACAUUCCGCUGCAACGAGGCCCACGACGAUACGCUGGAGAUCGAGAUCGAUUGGUGGAAGGAUGGCCAGUCCAUUGACUUCGAGGCGCAGCCGCGUUUCGUGAAGACCAACGACAAUUCGUUGACGAUUGCGAAGACCAUGGAACUGGAUUCGGGCGAGUAUACGUGCGUGGCCAGGACGCGAUUGGAUGAGGCCACGGCCAGGGCCAAUUUGAUUGUGCAGGAUGUGCCGAAUGCGCCCAAACUCACGGGCAUCACCUGUCAGGCCGACAAGGCGGAGAUCCAGUGGGAGCCGCAGGGAGACAAUCGCUCGCCCAUCCUCCACUACACCAUUCAGUUCAACACCUCCUUCACGCCCGCCUCCUGGGACGCCGCCUACGAGAAGGUGCCCAACACGGACUCCUCGUUCGUGCUGCAGAUGUCGCCGUGGGCGAACUAUACGUUCCGUGUGAUCGCCUUCAACAAGAUCGGCGCCUCGCCGCCGUCGCCGCACAGCGAUAGUUGCACCACCCAGCCGGAAGUGCCGUCCAAGAAUCCCGACAAUGUCGUCGGCCAGGGCACCGAGCCCAACAACCUGGUCAUCUCGUGGACUCCCAUGCCGGAGAUCGAGCACAAUGCCCCCAAUUUCCACUAUUAUGUGAGCUGGAAACGCGACAUCCCGGCUGCCGCAUGGGAAAACAGUAACAUAUACGACUGGCGGCAGAACAACAUUGUGAUCUCCGAUCAGCCGACGUUCGUCAAGUACCAGAUCAAGGUGGUGGCCAUCAACGACAAGGGCGAGUCCAAUACGGCUGCCCAGAUUAUUGAGGGCUACUCCGGCGAGGAUCGUCCGCUGGACGCUCCCACCAACUUCACGAUGAGACAGAUCAUUUCGUCGACCAGUGGCUAUAUGGCCUGGACGCCGGUGAGCGAGGAGUCGGUGCGGGGACACUUCAAGGGCUACAAGAUCCAGACCUGGACGGAGAACGAGGGCGAGGAGGGUCUGCGGGAGAUCCAUGUGAAGGGGGAUGCCCACAAUGCCCUGGUCAGUCAGUUUAAGCCCGAUUCGAAGAACUUUGCCCGCAUUUUGGCCUACAACGGACGCUUCAAUGGCCCGCCCAGUGCCGUCAUCGACUUCGACACCCCAGAGGGUGUGCCGUCACCGGUUCAGUCACUGGACGCCUAUCCUCUCGGCUCGUCGGCCUUCAUGCUCCACUGGAAGAAGCCGUUGUAUCCCAAUGGCAAGCUCACCGGCUACAAGAUCUACUACGAGGAGGUUAAUGAGAGCUAUGUGGGCAAGCGACGUGAGCACGAUCCGCACAUCACCGAUCCCCGGAUCACGCGUAUGAAGAUGGCUGGUCUGAAGCCCAACACCAAGUAUCGCAUCUCCAUCACGGCCACCACCAAAAUGGGCGAGGGAUCUGAGCUCUACAUUGAGAAGAAUACGCUUAAGGACGCUAUCAAUGUGGCCCCGGCCACGCCCUCUUUCUCCUGGGAACAACUGCCGUCCGACAAUGGACUGGCCAAAUUCCGCAUCAACUGGCAACCAAGUUCCGAAGGUCACCCAGGCACACACUUCUUCACCAUGCACAGGAUCAAGGGCGAAACCCAAUGGAUACGAGAGAAUCAGGAAAAGAAUUUGGACUACCAGGAAGUGGGCGGCUUGGAUCCGGAGACAGUGUACGAGUUCCGCGUGGUCUCCGUGGAUGGGCACUUCUACACGGAGAGUGCCACGCAGGAGAUCGACUCGAACAGCGUGGAGGGACCGAUAAUGGUGGCGAACAAGACGGUGGCCAAUGCAGGUUGGUUUAUCGGCAUGAUGCUGGCCCUGGCCUUCAUCAUCCUCCUGUUCAUCAUCAUCUGCAUCAUCCGACGCAAUCGGGGCGGCAAGUACGAUGUCCACGAUCGGGAGCUGGCCAACGGCCGGCGGGAUUAUCCCGAAGAAGGUGGUUUCCACGAGUACUCGCAACCGUUGGAUAACAAGAGCGCUGGUCGCCAAUCCGUGAGUUCAGCGAACAAACCUGGCGUGGAAAGCGAUACCGAUUCGAUGGCCGAAUACGGCGAUGGCGACACAGGACAAUUCACUGAGGACGGCUCCUUCAUCGGUCAGUAUGUUCCUGGAAAGCUUCAGCCGCCGGUUAGUCCACAACCCCUAAACAAUUCCGCUGCGGCGCAUCAGGCGGCGCCAACCGCUGGAGGAUCGGGAAGCGGAUCGGCAGCGGCCGGAGCAUCGGGAUCAGCUUCCGCCGGUGCUGGAGCCGGAGGAGCCUCUGCCAGCAAUGGAGGAGCUGCAGCCGGAGCCGUGGCCACCUACGUCUAAGAGGCGUGGCUGGGAUUCAUUUGCCCUUUGUUCUCCUGGUUUUCUUCAACCGACUUAAAUGCCCCUUAAACCAAAUACUUUGUGUAAUUCUAUGUGUAAAACGAAAACUGCUUUAAGUGUCUGCAAAAACAAAGAAACAAAAUUAUAAAUAACAUAAAACGAAAAUGAAAAAAAACCAAAAGAAAACAAUUGUAAAGUGAUGGAAAUCUCGCAUGAAUUUAAAGCAUAUAAUUUUGCUUCUUUUGGCUUAUAAAUUUAUUAUAGCAAACAGUAAAACGCCUUUUCAAAAACAAAAAAAAAAACUUUUGUGUAAGCUUAAAAAAAAAAAAAAGAAACCAAAAAUGAAUGUAACGUUGAGAAAUGUAUGAAGAAGGAAAAGAACAAUUAAUGACGAUGUCUGUUUGUGUAAUAAUUUUUUUUGUCGAAAUACCUUUAGUUGUUAGUGGCACAAGGAUAUAUAUCUACAUGGAAAUCGAGUCGAGUUUUGUAAACCAAAGAGGGAUUGAAAUGAAAUGAAUGCAAUAGCGACAGAUGUAACGAUUCCAGUCUAAUCUAAACUAAGACUUGUUCAAAAUGUACAAAACAGAAGGCUUAAAUAAGAACCAUCAGGCAGCUUCGAUCAAUGAUUGACUGAAUUGCAAAGAUAAUGCCUUGACUACUUUGCAAUCAAUUAUAUAGUACAGAACUGCUUGUUAAUGUAUAACUAACCAAAUAUCGAUGUGUUCAAUUAGCAGCAAGUCAAAUUUUCAACUUGACCUCGUUUACUUCUUGCCACAAUCAAAGACUUAAAGGCAGAGCAGGUUUUCCAGCGCCAGUUCAAGUAAUCCAGGCGAAGCAGAAGUAAUAUAUAUUCCCUUCGUCGUCGGCAAUUCAUAUAUUUAAGUUCCAAUUUUCGUCCAUAGUCUAAUGCAAUUUUUCGCGUAUAGUGUUUAAACAGAAUCCUUUCAUUUUGUCCAUUAAUUCUUUAAGUAAAGCAAAUUAGUUAAUUAACAAAUUAGUUGGCCCACUUCUACGAGUCGGUCAUUGUAACCUACUAUAAUAUGCAGCUAAAUACCUAUAAUUGUUCCAUAUGGUACUCCCUCUUAUUUUAAAGAAAAUGUUAAAACCCGUGAGAUGCAGGUUGCGUCUCAGGUUUCCACUUAAUCCAGAUAUCUGUAAUAAUAAUAAUGUAUUCAUAUUUUUUUUGUACUAAUAACACACCAAGUGGCAUUAGAGUCUAAACAAACACAAUAAAAAAACAAAAUAAAUGCAAAAAAACACACUUUUUGUUUUUUAAAAACCUUUGCCGCUUUAAGACAAGAGAUGCUUUGAAUUUUUUAAAAAAAACUCGAUCCGAAUAUGUCAACUAAUAUAUUUGAACUUCUUAGAUUACCCACAACGCUUAAAUCGACACCCAAAAAAAAAACAAUUCCAGAACGGACUUAAUUUGAACGGUUCAGUUUUAUUUGCGAAUUAGGCAGUAUAUUAAGUAUAUUAGGUGGAUAAAUAAGCUUACGAUUAUUUGGUCUUUAACGAACAUACAGGGUUGCUUAGUCAAAUUUUGCAUAGAUUUAAAAAUGAAAAAAGAGGAGGCGUGUAAUUUGAUAACUCAUAUUUUGUGCACUGCGUUCUGUUUGUUGUUAUAUUAAUUAGCUAUUUGUAAUGAACUAUAAUCCCCGGCUUCAGCAUAGUUUUCAAUCAAAUCGAAUCGAAUACCCAAUACCCAAUACCAAGACCUCCCCAAAAACCGAACCCACACAAAAAUUGGGAGACAACCGAACGAUCCACAUACAAUUCACCUGCACCACGCAUAUCCCAACGAUUGAUAUAACAGAUAUACGAGGAGGAAGUAGAGCGAAGGGAAGUAGGAAACUAGAUCAGAAAGGACAUGGAAGGACAACAAGACAAAGGAACUACAUAAAACAAUACAAACAAAACUUGCUAUACAAACGUAUAUAUGGAUAUAUGAUAUAUAAUAUAUAUAUUUACAGUAUAGAGGACAACGAUCUAAAUCUAAUGUUCACGAGAAAGCGAUAUAUAUAUAUAUAUAUAUAAAUAUAUAUAUAUACACAAAACAUAUAGAGAGAUUUAUAAGAUUUUGCAUAGAUAUUGUGAUUUCCCAAAAUAAAAACUCAAAAUAGUCAAUAACAAUGUGGAAAACCGAAAAACCAAAAGUUAACCAAUUAAACUAAACUAAUAUUUCCUCUUUUGUCGUAUGAAAAACAAACUAAAGUGUUCAUCAGUGGAAUUAUCGAAAUAAUCGUUCGUCUUCGAUGACAGAGCCAGAAAAAGCGAUAGCGAUAACGGCAUCGAUAGCGAUAGUGAGAGAACCACAACAACAACAAAAAAUGCACUGCCUGUGUCUGGUUCUAUUUUACAUCAUACCAUUUACAUUUACAGAAUCAUAAACAUUUACACACUUUAAUAAGCGCAAGUCAACACCAUGCAAAACAUUUUUGAAACUAAUAAAGGUAAUUUGCACAAUACUGUGAUUCCUAGCAUGAAACAAAAAAGACACGAUGAACAAUUAACGACUAGCGAUAAGCGAUUAAUAAUCGGCUUUUGAGUGUUUGUGUGGUUCGGAAACUAAUGUGUUUGUAUUGUAUAUUUUUCACAGCAUUAUUGAACAUGUUUACAACAAGAACUACUUAUCUAACCACUCAGUAAUAUCCAACUUGAACAAUUUACUUGCAUAUGAUUAUAACAAUUAUUAUUGCUAACCAACGGCCUAUAAACAAAUUAAAUAUUAUGCAGAACAAAAUCGAAAACAAAUGAAAAAAAAAAACAAGAAUACAAAGUACUUUUUUAAAAUGAGUUUUUAGCGAAUCAAAUAUAAACUUAAGAUUAACAAAUUCAUAUACAACAAACAAGCAGCAGAAAAGCAGCGUCUAUAAAACCACAACCAGAUCAGAACAAUCUGAAGAAAAUUCUUUGCCCAGGAAAAUCAAAACGAGCAAAUGGAGAAAAUGCUAUAUUAAAAGAUCAGAAAUCGUGUAAGCUGUAAAACCUAUAAUGAGAAAUAAACUAUAGAAACUAUAUAAAAAA